UGUGUUUUUAGCUUGCAGUUAUUACUAACGUUUUUUUUAGUAUAUUCACAUUCUUGUUUACCCAUUACUACGUUCUUUUAGUAUAUUUCAAUUGUUGUAACGUUUUUCCGCGUUGCAGCUACCCUGCUAAUUGCAUUGAUUGUGUACUACACCAAACUUGCAUGACAGUUUAGCGCUAAUGUGCAAAGCAAAUAAAGGGGCGGAGCCGAUAUAUUACCUUUCCUACUUAUAAUUAACACGUAUUUGUCUCUACGCGGUCAUUCUCCUCCCCCAGCUCGCAUUUCGCUGUUGCAAAGAUGUGGCGUGAUUUCUACGAUGUUGAAGAAGAGUUGGGAAGAGGCCGGUUUGGCGUUGUCGUGCAGUGUGUUGAGAAGGCCAGUAGGAGACGUGUAGCCAUCAAAAUGAUAUCGAGACAGAAGCCUUGUAGAGAGGGCGAUACAAGCAUGAGAGAGAUAGAGGCACUGCAGCAGGCAUCAGGUCAUCCCCGUUUGCUACAGUUGAUUCAUGUCUUUCACACUGAAACAGAAACAGCUUUUGUGUUGGAACUCAUCAGGGGAGGUGAACUCUUUGAUUACUUGGGGCAAAAAGAUACGUUUACCGAGGAUGAAGCGGUUACAUUCACCAGACAGUUGCUGGAUGGUCUGGCAUAUUUACACAGCAAGAAAGUUGUCCAUCUGGACUUGAAGCCAGAGAAUAUUCUUCUUGUGGAGGAGGGGAGUGUUGCUUCGAUUAAGGUAAUUGACUUUGGGCUUGCGAGAAUAUUGAAGGAUAAUGAAGAUCAAUAUGAGGCUCAUGGCACAGUCGAGUUUGUAGCUCCAGAGAUUGUGAUGCGUUUUCCUGUGAGUACAGCUACAGAUAUGUGGGCUGUUGGAGUGCUGACCUAUGUCCUGUGAGUUUGUCUAAUUAGACACUAAACUGGGACUGUAACUCCUACUUGUAAUUAUAUGUUUCAGACUGAGUGGAAUGUCGCCUUUUCUUGGUGACACAGAUAAAGAAACAAUUUACAACAUCAGAUCA